AUCCCCAAGCCAUGACCACCACAAUCACAGAAAACGAGAAAAAUCCCUCAUUUGUGCUACGAGCAGUAAAAGACGUAUUAUUCGAAAAUCGACCGAUUCCGAAACUAAGAGAUCCCUUCGAUGUGCGCGUCCAUAUCCAUCAAACAGGAAUUUGCGGUUCUGAUGUUCACUAUUGGCAAAGAGGACGAAUAGGAGAUUUCGUGCUCACAAGUCCAAUCAUUCUCGGUCAUGAGUCGUCCGGUACGGUAGUCGAGAUCGGAAGCGCGGUCAAGAAUGUCAAAGUGGGAGAUCGAGUGGCGAUAGAACCUGGGGUGCCAUGUAGGCACUGCAAUUACUGUCGAGAGGGCGCAUACAAUUUGUGUCCGGAUACCGUAUUUGCUGCGACACCGCCUUGGGAUGGGACGCUUGCCAAGUACUACCUCGUCGCUUCGGACUACGUCUAUCCCAUUCCGGAGCAUAUGAGUAUGGAGGAAGGGGCGCUCGUCGAGCCGACGGCUGUGGGAGUACAGAUUUGUAAAGUGGGCGAUGUGCGAGCGGGACAAACAGUGCUCGUCAUGGGAUGUGGGCCGAUUGGAGUCAUGUGUCAGGCAGUAGCAAAAGCUUGGGGCGCGAAGAAAGUCAUUGGGAUCGAUGUCGUUCAGAGCCGGCUGGAUUUCGCGAAAAGCUUUGGCGCUGAUGGUGUUUACCUGCCGCCCAGACCGGAUGCAGGUGCAGAUCCAGUGGAGCAUCAAGAAAAAGUUGCGGCAUUGAUCAAGAAAGAAUUCGAUCUGGGAGAAGGGCCAGAUGUUGUACUAGAGUGUACCGGAGCCGAGCCAUGCAUCCAAACAGGCGUGUUCGUGUGUAAAAAGGGAGGCACCUACGUUCAAGCAGGUAUGGGUAAGGAGAACGUUGUGUUUCCAAUCACCACGGCUUGCAUAAGAGCUUUAAACAUCAAAGGGUCCAUUCGGUACACAACAGGGUGCUACCCGCAAGCCGUCGAUCUGGUGGCUUCUGGUAAGGUGGACGCAAAGCGACUGAUCACGAAUCGCUUCAAGUUUGAGGAGGCCGAGGAUGCAUUCGAGUUGGUCAAAGCAGCCAAGCCAGAUGUCUUCAAGGUGAUGAUAGCUGGUGUUGAGUAAUUGAGUGUCGAACUCAUCAACUGUC